AUGUUGGCUCAGCCGUCAUCGCUGAGGAAUCUGGAGCCAUUGUUUUCGGCUGUCCGCAGCUGUCAACAACAACCAAAACACACAGUCAUCAUUGCACCAACGCAUCUUCACAGCCUCACAAGCACAUGGAAGUUCGAUUUGAUGAAGCGCAAACGCUUUGAAUGGGGAAUCAGCAGUCUGCCUAGAACGCCGAGCCAAUGGUUGCUUGUUUUCGAGCGCGGGUUGAUUGGUGGAGCGUCAGUUGCUUACUGA